CAGCAAGGCAGCACUGUGCGUAUGGAUUGGAGGUUAGAAAAACCUCAGAUGUGAAUGUUUACCAACAAUGCCGGCCCUUCUGAAACUUCUGGGCAAUGCCCGGGCCUUUCUCAAAGCCCUACCUGCAGGACCGCAGCGCGUUCACUUUGCCUUGGGAAAUGAGUCUUGCGACUUGGACUCCUGCAUUGGGGCCCUGGCAAUGGGUGUUUUGAUCUCCCGGCGGCACCCCGACCGAGUAGUUGUGCCUGUUAUGAAUGUGACUCGGGAAAAUUUUGCGCUUCGCACCGAGAACUGUUUUGUUUUAACACAGGCAGAAGUGCCGUUAGAUGGCCUGAUAUUUCGAGAUGAGUUGGAUAUGGAUUUCAUCCUAUCCAAGUACCCAGUCUCGGUCUCCCUAGUGGAUCACCAUAUUCUAGCCAAAGAAGAUCAAAAGCUCGCGCCAUAUGUUGAGGAAAUUUUCGACCAUCGGCCAGUGGACACGAGCUACAGUUGGGACGCGCGGAAAGUGACAAUCUGCAUAGAAUCCGUAGGUUCCUGUUGCACUCUGAUAGCAAACUGCCUGUUGCAAGCACGGAACUGUUCCGAUCUGGGCAGGCCUUUGGCGUACCUGCUUUACCAGGUGAUUGUUUAUGACACGAUCGCGCUGAAGCCUCAAAACCACAAGGCUACAGCCCUCGAUAUAGAAGUGGCUGCAAAAUUGGAGACUCUGUAUGGAUUCAAUGAGGACCAUCAGGAGCUGUUUGAUGGGCUGUGGAGGGCGCAUAUGGAUGUCUCCCAUUUGACCCCCAGUCAGCUGCUGCUGAAGGACCUGAAGCUGGUUGAAGGGGUGUAUAUUCCUGGUCUACCGAUGCUAGUGGAAGAGUUUCUUGGACUGGAGGGCAGCCAGGAGGCGCUGGCAGAUUUCGCGAAGCUAAAGCAGAUCAGCGCCCUAUUGCUGGUGGGGAUGAGCACCUCCGGCGGAAGCGUACAGCGGGAUUUGGCCGUGUAUUCAAGUCCCCCAAAGGAGCCGCUGGCUGAAGCUUUACUCAAAACCCUGCUCAGUAAGCAGGCGGAUUUUUUCCUCGAGGAAAAGCCCUCGAAGUUUGGGGCAAACAUUCACCUGCUGCACCUGCACAAUGUGCAGGUGUCUAGGAAGCAACUGGUUCCGUUGGUGAAGGAGGCCUGGAACGACUAUACAAAGCGCCAAUAAACAAUUAUAUAGUU